AUGACUGCCGAUUGGUUGUUACUCAGUGUUCUCCCCUCUCUGUUUAGAUCUAGUUAUUCCCUUCCUCUACCUCAGAAACAACAUCUGAAUCGAGUUAAUGAAGCUUACUUGCAAUCAGUAGCUUCUUCUAAUGUGACGUUCAACCAAGUGACGGAAUUCAUAAUUUUCGGUUUCCAAAGCCUCCAGAAUUACCAGAUUUUGCUUUUCUGUGUUUUACUUUGUAUUUACCUCCUCACCCUCUCUGGCAAUGGCAGUAUCUUCUUCUUGGUCAUCUUUGACCAGCAUCUCCACACCCCAAUGUACUUCUUUGUUGGCAACUUGUCCUUUAUAGACAUGAGUUACACCUCAGUAACCAUCCCGAAGAUGUUGGCCAAGUUCCUGAUAAACCUGGAUACCAUUUCCUACAAUGCCUGCUUCACACAGAUGUAUAUUUUCCUAUCUUUGGGAUCAACAGAGUGUCUACUCCUGGCCGUAAUGGCCUAUGAUCGCUACAUAGCUAUAUGCUCACCCUUACACUACCAAACCAUCAUGACAAGACGAUUGUAUUUAAUACUCUCAGCUGUAGCUUGGUCUGGGGGUUUUGCAACUCCAAUCACAGCCACACUUCUUGCCUUAAAGUUACCUUAUUGUGGUCCCAAUAUCAUCCACCAUUACUACUGUGAUCAUCCUCCACUGCUCCAGUUGGCGUGCGCCAACACAUCCUUUAAUGUAGCCGUAGGGUCUUCCAUGGCUGCCUUUCUCAUUUUGAUAAGCUUUACUUUAGUUGUCAUAUCAUACAUUAAGAUUAUUAUAGCGAUCCUCAAAAUCAGUUCCCAUGCUGGCCGUAAGAAGACAUUUUCUACCUGCGCCUCUCACUUUGCAGUUGUGAGUUUAUUUUUCCUGCCCCUUAUCUUCAUGUACGUUCGUCCAAUAGCCUCCUACUCAUCAGAUGUGGACUCUUUGGUGGCCUUUUUAUAUACAGUAUUAACUCCCAUGAUGAAUCCCUUUAUAUACAGCAUGAGAAACAAGGACAUUAAAGAGGCUUUCCAGAGGAAAAUAAGCUGCAAGUAUGCUUUUUCUUUCAAAUAAUUUUUAUUGGUAUUCAUCAAAUACAUCAAUACAAUAGUACCAAAGUACAAAGGGAUAAACAGUGCAGAAUACAGUGGAGAUUCUUAAAGCGUUCAAUGACAGGUCACAUACUGCACGAGACAAAUUGUCCACAUACAGAAAGUUCAAACAGUAGGUAAGGUGUUAA